AUGGAAGUGAAGACAAUUGUGGACUUGGGAGCUGAUUCCAGCGACAGUGAUAUUCCCGAAGAACAGACUAUGUAUGUUUCAACACAGAUUAAUUUCGAACCCUGUUUGCAGCAUCUCUCUUUCCUACCCGGUGUACAUGAAGGGGUUACGUGUGUCUUAUCCGAACAGCAUGUAUGCAGAGACAAGGAGCUGUUGAAGAAAAAGAGAAGAAAAAGACAGGAGCUAUUUCAACAGCAAAAGAAAAGAAAGUUACUCUCUGAAGAUAAUCUGGAAGAGAUUGAAUCAGCAUAUAUCAAACUAAAGGAAAGCUUUAAGGCUGUUAGACUCAAGGACCAAACUGAUGCAAGUACCAGACAAGAAAGCGCAAGUGAUUUUAUAAGAUCUCGUCUCUAUGGACCAGGAACCAACAGAACCACAACAAACAAAAUGCUUUCACUUAAAAACAAAACCGGGAACAACAAAACAGCAGCUGUACAGUUUGUCAACAAGAAUUGGGACAGUUAAAGCACUACCCCGGAGCUGUCACAAAGGGUCAGCACUGUCUGGAGCACCCCUGCACACCACCAUAUCCGUGUUUUCACCACCCACCCAGGACUGGUGACCGUCUGUUUGUCUUUGUUCGGGACUGUGCCCUAUUUCUGUUAUC